AUGCCCGCUCCACUCUCCUCACGCGCCCGCGCGCCUGCCUCGACCCCCAAAGCCGCCCGCGAUGCGCAUCCUCCCACCAAGAAGGCCAAGCUGUCGCAGCCUGCUGGCCUCAAGUCGUUGAUCAAUGGAACACCAAACAAGAAGCCCGCUGUCAGUGCAAAGACGAACGGCGUGAGGAACGACCGGAAAGGCAGGGUUGACGAAGCCACCGCUGUGGUGAGCGGGGGUUACGCUGGUCAUGGUGACGUCGACAUGGAUGCGGUGCCAGAGAUUAUCCAGAUAUCUAGCGCGGAAGAGGACAGCGACGACUCGAAUUCUGAAGACGAGGAUUCGGAUGCAGGUUCAAAAGACGUCGUCCCCGCGGCAAAUGGCCAAAACGGCCUAGAUCGGCCUAUUGAAGAUGGCACUGCGGAGCCUGAAGAGCUGUCUUUUGGCGAGCGUCUCAAGGCACAAGAACCAGAAGCUGAACCAGUCCGCGAACCUCGAGUUGUCCAUGUCGAGUCUGCGUUUGUCGGUGCCGACGCUGACGCCCGCGAGCUUGCGACCGCGUCCAUCCGCCGACCGUUGGCUGCACCGUCUGCGACUUCGUUAAGCACAGUGCUUACUCAAGCUCUGCGGACCAACGACCAAGAGCUCCUCGACUCCUGUCUGCGCGUAAACGAUGUCGACACGAUAUACUCCACCAUCGAACGCCUGCCUUCCCCGUUGGUUGGUGCUCUCCUACAGAAACUCGCUGAACGGUUACACAAGAGGCCUGGACGGCCCGGUAUGCUAAUGGUGUGGGUCCAAUGGUCGCUUGCAACACAUGGUGGAUACCUUGCGACUCAGUCAAACUUGAUCAAGCAAACAGCGACGUUGACCAAGGUCCUCACUCAGCGAUCAACCGGUCUGCAGCCGUUAUUGUCACUCAAGGGCAGACUGGAUAUGCUCCAGACACAACUGGAACUCCGACGAAGAAACCAAGAGAGGGCUGCGAAGGAUGACAUGGAUGAGGCGGUGAUUUACGUUGAGGGAGAGGAAGAGCCAUCAUCGGAUGAGGACGAGGCAGACGACUCGGACGUUGUUAUGGAAGAUUCACGAAAGCGGUCGCAGCGAGACGUUGACGAUGAGGUCGAGAGCUCUGUGGACGGAAUGCCGACCACCAUGGAGGUAGACGAAUUGUCGGAAGAAGGAAGCGAAGAUUCCGAGGAUCUCAUCGACGAUGAAGCAGAAGAGACAGAUGAUGAUUCUGGUGAGGACUUGUCCGGGCCGGACGAGGAGCUAGACGGCGAAGAAGUCUCGGAGAGCGAAGAGGAGGCGAAACCGGAACGGCGAUCGACAGCCGCCCGCGCAGGCCUCUCACGAAGACGUUAA